AUGGAUUACGCUAGUGCUAUCAGACAACAAGCAGAGGAUUUAAAGGAUGAACUAAGGGAAUUGGAUAUUUGGCAGGAAGAGGUUCAACGGCAACAAGAAACCAAGAAGAAGCGUAAGGUUAAUCUGUCGAACCAAAAUAUGAUUCCACCAGUUAGAGGAACUGUACCAUCACUGAAAGAAGCUGUUUUAAAAUCCAAUGGAAAGGCUGAAGAUGAUCCUGUAAAAAAAGCGAAGGAACAAGGUAAUGAUUUUUUUCAGGCUGGAAAAUUGAAAGAAGCUAUAGAGGCAUACAGUAAUGGAAUCGAUCUUGAUCCUGAUGGUUCAUCAGCGCAUGUGCUGUAUGGGAAUCGAGCGCUGUGUAAUUUAAAACUGGAAAAAUGGGAUGAUGCGGAACGAGAUGCCUCUUCAUGUGUUCGUCUGAAUCAUAGCUAUGCGAAAGGUUACUUUCGACGGGCUAUGGCAAGAAAAAAACUCGGAAAUCUCAAAGGAGCGCGUACUGAUCUUGAAGCAGUUCUCGCUCUCUCACCAAAUGAUGCUAGUGCCACAGCUGAGAUGAAACUAGUAACUCAGAUGUUGCAACUAGAGAGAGAGAAGUCUUCCUCCGUUGUCAAGAAAAAGAAGAUUGUUAUCGCGGAGGUCGAUGAUGAUGAUGAUGAUGAUGAUGAUGAUGAUGUUGACAACGAUAACAAGACAAGGGAAAGAGCAAAAGUAGAAACUGUUUCCAAUAAGUAUAGUGAGGAGGAUGAAAACAUAAAAAAAAGAAGAGAAGAACAAAUACGCAAAGAGAUGGAAGAGCUAAAACAUGAGCGAGAGAUGCAACGUAAUUUACGAGAAGUUGAAGCGAAAGAAGCUGAGAGCAAGUUAAGCGGAACACUACGGACUUCUGCACGUGUUGAAGUAAUUGAGGAUGAGGUUAAACCAGUGCAAAGUAUGAAUCCAAUACCAGAAACAAAGUCAAAAGAAACUGUAUCAGUAGAACCUUCCUCCGUUUAUUCAAAUACGACUACAUCAGAAUCGGUUGAGAAGAGGAAGAAAGAGGACAUUGUCCCACGUACCCUAAAAACCUCAUCAAAAUGGUCGAAAGAAACCCUAAAGGUGCCAAAAUCAUUCACAGAAUUUGAACGUGUAUUUUCCGAGAUCAAAAACAAUCAAGAACUGUGUUCUUGUUACGUUUCGUUGAUUCCUCCAUCAAGCUUACGAACAUUAUUUGGGAAUAAUAUGACACCAGAAAUUCUUCUUGGGUUAUUAAGCACUCUGAAGCAGCUACCCGGAACUGUCGCUGUCGCUUUCCUCAAGGGUCUCUGUGGUGUUAAGCGUGUAGAAGAUAUCUCUCUUUUCUUUGAUAACUCUGAGAAGAAGGUUGUUGGGGAGGUAUUAGAUUUGAUUGUUUCCUGUGGGGCUUCUGAAGAGGAUGUAAAAUUAUUUAAAAGACAAUUAAGGGUUUUAUAA